AUGACAAGAGGUACCUCCUAUUACAGCAUGUACCAGUGGUCACCAUCGCCCUACUGGCGCUGGCUGUGGUCAGUAGUUACCCGCUUAACAGACUUUGGGCCGCCACCCUCCACCAUUGCAUUGGACUUGUUUCGAACUACGACACACAACAAACCCCAAGUCUCUCGCUUAUCCCCAUGGGUUCCAUGUCCGCCACCUAGAUUUUCAACUCCAUUUUCUCUUCCCAAACAGUACACACAACAACUGCGACAAGGCAGUGCUGAAAUCGACAUGCUUGCCGCCGUAUCGAGAGCAUCGCGCCUUGGCCGUGCCCUCAUGGCUUGGCUGCUCCUCACUGGUCGCCUUGUCCAAGCUGCCGGCUAUAGCUUAGACCUGACCUCACAACAAUCCAUAAAAGAGACCGCCAAGGGCCUCGCCGACGACAUGCUUUCCUUCUACUCUGGCGACAAACCUGGUGGCAUCCCCGGUCUGCUGCCUUCACCAUACUAUUGGUGGGAAGCCGGUGCCAUGUUUGGCGCCCUCAUUGAUUACUGGUACUACACUGGCGACGACGGGUACAACCAACUAGUCUCCGACGGCCUGCUCUUUCAGGUCGGCACCAACAGGGACUACAUGCCAAACAACCAGACCCUGACCGAGGGCAAUGAUGACCAAGGCUUCUGGGGCCUUGCUGUCAUGUCCGCCGCCGAAUACAACUUUCCUAACCCCCCAGCCGACAAGCCCCAGUGGCUCGCCCUCGCCCAGGCCGUCUUCAACACCCAAGCCGCCCGCUGGGAUACCCAAGACUGCAAUGGCGGCCUGCGUUGGCAGAUUUACCAAUGGAACAAGGGUUACGAUUACAAGGCCUGCUUCUUUGCCCUCGGCGCACGACUCGCCCUCUACACCGGAAACCAAACGUAUGCGGACUGGGCCGAGAGGACUUGGGAUUGGAUGUGGUCGACUGGAUUCAUCAACAACGAAACCUACUACGUCAUUGACGGUGCCGCUAUUGGUAGUAACUGUACCACUUUCAGUCCCUACCAGUUCAGCUACAACGCCGGCGGCUUCAUUCUCGGCGCGGCCGCCAUGUACAACCAUACCGAAUCCAAGACUUGGAAAGAUCGCCUCGAUGGCCUCAUCAAAGGGUCUGAAGUCUUCUUCGUCGGCGACAACAACGACAUCAUGUCCGAGGUCGCCUGCGAACCCGUCGACCGCUGCAACAUUGAUCAGCAAUCCUUCAAGGCCUAUUUGUCCCGAUGGCUCGCCGCGGCCACCCAGUGGGCCCCAGACACGUACGAUACCGUAAUUCCCUAUCUCAAAGCCUCUGCCAAGGCUGCCGUGAACCAAUGUGUUGGAGGCAGCAAUGGUAGAAUGUGUGGCUUGAAAUGGGCGAGAAACGAGGGCAAGUACGACGGGACCACCGGCGUCGGCCAACAAAUGGCCGCCUUGGAAGUCCUACUAUCCACUACCAUCAAGAGCCGCGGAGUCCCCAAGACGGCCGCUUCGGGCGGCACCAGCGAGGGCGAUGUCAAUGCGGGCGCCGGCGACAUUGGUAGAAAGGAUCCCACCCUCAACUAUACCCCUCCAACCGCCGGAAUGAAGGCCGCUGCCAGUUUUCUCACUUUGGCCAUCUUGACCGGCCUCUUCAGCGCCGUCGCUUGGCUACUUUUUGAUGAGACGUCGGAUAAGAAGAUGUUGGCCCAGGUCAAGGGUUCUGUUGCCAACUUCAAGGCCACCGUGACUGGUGGGGUGGCCGCCGGAGCUGGAGCCGGUGUCUUUGUCGGUGCAGCAGCCGGCGGCCGCCGCAGCUCGCCAACGAAUGAAAAGGGCGCUCAGGCUACCACUGGUUACGUCAGCUCGCGCAGCUCGCGCAUCAGCGACAAGGCGAUACAGCAGAUGCCGGUUACGGUCAACCGGGUGCGCAGCGACAGCAACAAUAGCACCCGCCGACUGUCUAACAUGCCCAUUGGAUGGCGUAAUUCGGCGACGCGCGCAGCCCCGGUGAGCCAGGUCAUUACCAGCAAUGACGCGGAUCGCAUUUCGCCGGUUGAUACGCAAGGUAGUAGGUAG